GUCAAUUUCCGCAUCAUUUUCAUCGGAAGUAGAUCGAGUCCAGUGGAUCAGAUGAUAGGCCUAAAGUAUGGACCUCUGAGUAACUUUUUAAUUGACGCAGAAGGGUUAAAUAGCGAAAUUGUGAUUGUAAACCACCAUACUGGAUCUACAGGAGCACUACUGGAGUUACAGUUGAUUCUGGGUUUUCAUUUCUGGGAAUACAGGAAAGUGUUGGGAUGGAUUUUCGCCAGCACUUCAUUAAUAAAGUGCUAAGAAAGAAGAAGAAACCACUCAUGGCAUCAGUAAUACUGCAAGGGCUCGAGAUACAUUUUUACCUGCCAGACACACAUCAGAUCACUCACCUCAGUGGCACUUUCACAGCAGAGGUACUAUGUGUUGAAGCUGCCAAGAAAUUGGGUAUAUCUCCUCUGUGUAGCAGUUUGUUCGCCCUCUAUGAUGAAUUUAGCAAGAUCUGGUAUCCGCCCAAUUACUCCUUUAAUAUUGAUGAGACGACGAGACUGAAGCUGUAUUAUCGCAUGAGGUUCUAUUUCACAAACUGGCAUGGGAACAGUAAGACGUCUCCUCCAGUGUGGAGACAUACUCUCAAAAAUACAGAACCUACAGGCACGGCUAUACUGGAUGUAGCGUCACUAGCGUACCUCUACGCACAGAGUCAGCAUGACUUUCAGAGCGGUCUGGCCCCGCUGCGCAAUGCUCAAGAUGAGAGUGACAUGCAGCAGAAAGAGAAUGAGUGUUUGGGAAUGGCUGUGAUGGCCAUCUCCCAUCAUGCAGUUGAAAAACAUCUUUCCAUUUGUGAUCUAGGCAAUACAUAUGAAUACAAAAAUUACAUCCCAAAGGUCCUGUACCAGUCCAUACGCCAGAGGAACAUUCUCACACGUCUACGCAUCUCCAAUGUUUUUAAAGUGUUCCUUGAGGAGUUUAACAAGAACACGGUGCAAGGCAGUAACAUCAGUACUCAUGACCUGAAGGUCAAAUAUGUAACUAGUCUAGAGACUCUGACUCAGCACUUUGGCCAGGAGGUGUUUGAGCCCUCCUCCCUCAUCAUACAUGAGAAUGAGGAAAUGCUUACAGACUCAAGCCGUGGUGAUGGUGUUCACCUUGAGAUCCUGGUGUCUGGAACCUCUGGCAUUCACUGGCGAAAAGUCUCCACCGAGACCUGUUCAGAUCUGUGGACCAAUCAGAAGAGGCUCAAUUCAAAGAGAGGUAAAAAAGACAGAGAGAAACUGAGUCAAGCAACAGAAGAGGAGCGAUGGACAAUCUUUUCAGACUUUCAUGAGAUAACACACAUUGUCAUCAAAUUUUCUUUGGUCACAGUCUACAAACAGGACAACAAAAAGAUGGAGCUGCACUUAUCUACCCAUGAGGAGGCUCUGUCCUUUGCCAGUCUUGUAGAUGGAUACUUCAGGCUCACAGUAGAUGCACAUCAUUUCCUGUGCCGAGACGUGGCUCCUGUCUCAUUGGAAAUGAAUCUGCGGGAGGGCUGUCAUGGUCCAAUCAACACUGAAUAUGCCAACCAGAAGCUCAAACAGGAAGGCUAUGAGGAGGGCAUGUACCUGCUGCGUUGGAGUGGUCUCGAUUUUGAUCAUAUUCUAAUGACGGUCAUCUGCAAAGAGUGGGAUAAUUAUGGCAAAACCACCAAAACCUUCAAGACCUUUCAGAUCGAAGUGAGCACUCAGGGCUUCAAGCUGACUGGGACAGAUAUUGUGAAGCCCACUGUGAGAGAGCUGAUGGACCACCUAUCUAGACAGUGUCUCACAACAGAUAAAAUCAGCCUAAGACUUGAGCGUAGAUGCCCACCCCAACCCAGAGAGCCCUCCAACCUUCUCAUGGUGACCAGACCAGACUCACCACCCUCUCUGAAGAGUCAUCGUGUCUUCCAUAGAAUCCUCAAAGAGCACAUCAUCCAGGAGAUACACCUUGGUCAAGGCACUCGCACGAACAUCUAUGCUGGCAGACUAAAGUUGAAGAAUGAGGAUGAUGGGGGUUUUUCAAGCCCUGAUGAGGUGAACGUAGUCCUGAAGGUGCUGGGAGCAGGACACAAGGACAUUUCUGCCUUCCUGGACACAGUGAGCAUGAUGCAUCAGAUAUCACAUAAACACAUGGUUCUGAUGUAUGGAAUGUGUAUGCACAGUAUGGACAUUAUUAUGGUGGAGGAGUUUGUACAGCACGGACCUCUGGACCUGUACAUGAGGAGUCAUCGCUCUGAUCUCACGCCAUCCUGGAAGUUCCACGUUGCAGAGCAGCUUGCCAGUGUCCUCAGUUAUUUGGAGGAUAAGAAGCUCGUCCAUGGCUAUGUGUGUGCUAAGAACGUUCUUUUGAAGCGUGAUGGUUUGGAAGGAGUGGCUGGACCUUUCAUUAAACUAAGUGAUCCUGGAGUGCCCAUCACUGUGCUCCUUAGAGCAGAGUGUAUUGACAGGAUCCCCUGGAUUGCCCCAGAGUGUGUAAAUAACAUCACAGCGCUAAACAUUGCUGCAGACAAGUGGGGCUUUGGAACCACACUGUGGGAGAUCUGCUACAAUGGAGAGGUGCCGCUGCGUGACAAGAAACUCUCAGAGAAAGAGCGAUUCUACGAGGUGUGUGGUACACUCGUCACUCCCAGCAUCAGUGAACUGGCAGAUCUGAUUUCCCAGUGCAUGAACUAUGAUCCCAGAAAGAGACCGUUCUUCCGAGCCAUAGUGAGAGAGCUGGACCAUAUCAAAGAGCAGCGAGAGCAGGAACUUCCCAUUUUAUCAGGAGUAAUUCCUCCACAGGAGACUGAUCCCGCAGAUUUCAAGAGGAGAUUCCUCAAGAAAAUUCGGAAACUCGGAGAGGGUAACUUUGGGAUGGUGGAGCUGUGUCUGUACGACCCUAAUGGAGAUCAGACGGGUGAGCUGGUGGCCGUCAAAUCUUUGAAAACAGAGAAUGAGAGCAGCAACCUGAGAAGAGAGAUCAACACCAUCAGAAACCUCUACCAUGAAAACAUUGUCAAAUACAAAGGCAUCUGCAACGAAGAGGGAGGAAUAAACAUCAAGCUCAUUAUGGAGUAUUUGCCUUCUGGCAGUCUGAAGGAAUACCUGCCCCGCAACAAAUCUAAUGUCAACCACAAGAAACUGCUGCUUUAUGCUCUUCAAAUAUGUCAGGGUAUGGAGUAUCUGGGAUCUCAAAACUACAUCCACAGGGAUCUGGCAGCGAGGAAUGUGUUAGUGGAGAAUGAAAGUCUGGUGAAGAUCGGAGACUUUGGCCUGACUAAGAGCAUCAAAGAAAAUGAGGUCUAUUACAGAGUGACAGAAGAACAGGACAGUCCUGUUUACUGGUAUGCCCCAGAGUGUCUGAUUCAACGAAAAUUCUAUAAGGCAUCUGAUGUGUGGUCGUUUGGGGUCACCCUCUAUGAGCUUGUGACCUACUGUGACCGCGAUAGCAGCCCUCCUCAGAUAUUCCUGCAGAGGAUUGGUCGAUCUCACGGGCAGAUGACGAUGACUAAACUAGUGAAGGCUCUUGAGGAAGGUUGGAGGAUGCCAUGCCCACCAUCCUGCCCUGAAAUGGUGUACACUCAGAUGCUCAAUUGUUGGAAACACGCCCCAGAGAAUAGAGCCGACUUCAAGAGCCUGAUAAAAGAGUUUGAGUUCCUUCUUUCUAGAGAAGACAUCUAACCUCUUUCCACCAGAUCACCAACUACAGUCAUGCUAAAAAUUCAUUUUUGUUGGGUAAGGCACUUACAAUUGAUGAUUGGCCUUUAUGGUUGCCACACAGUGAUAUACACAGGAGCUACUGUACAGUAGAUGAACAGGUGUUUCUGUAUUACUAGAAACAGCUGUUACUAUAUUGUGUGUUUUGGCAUGACUGCAAUGCCGUAUUGACUAAUCAGCAUCAAGUAGUGGAAUUAUCCAUUUUAUAAUGUAUGUUACGUUUUCAAAUCAUUUCAAAUCAUUGCCAAUUAUGUAUCUACCUCUUCUUGAGCAGAAAAAAAUAGGCUCUGUUCAUACUGCGUAUUCUUUCUAGGUUCCUACCACUCAACAUUUACAGAAAAUCAAGUACUAGAAAACUCAAUUGAUAGAAAUACAUUUCAUAUAUUAAAGUUUAUGAAUUAUGAAAGAUAAACAUAGAAAAGCCAGUAUAUCACAGGAAGCAUACAGUAUUUGGGUAUAUUUUAAAAUAACAUCCAAUUAGAGUUUGAUGGAUAUGCUUCUCUUACCAGAUGUGAUAUUUUGCUUUUUGUGUUCUAAUGAAUGUAAUGUUUUCUGCAUUUAAAUGUUAACUAUUCCUUGUUGCUUCAUGUAAGAAUCCAAAUUCUUCAGAAAUAUGUAUUUUUCAAUAAAUCUUCUGUUGAAAAUUGGGA